AUGAUAAUAAGAUAUACAGCGAUAUCAGCUAUAAAGCAUGAAUUGAAGUUGAAUUCCAUAAGAAGAAUUUCUACUUCGGGAGUUGGUCAAUUGGCUCGUUACAAUAAGACACGUAGAGCUCAAGAAAUAUCAGCCGAAGAGGUUCGAAAAUUUCAACAGCAGCAACGAGAACAGCAGAAUAAAAAUGACUUUUAUUACGAAACCAAACCAUCAAACGACUUUGAAAGUUAUCGUGACGAGCCAUCAGCAAAUCAUACAGUGUUUUCUAUUCCACCGAAUAAGAAUGGGUUGAUUACUCCUGAAGAUGGAAUUUAUGAGAUAUUGAAGGAACCAACAUUAGUAAUUGAGAGACAGGUGGAAAUGAUGAAUGUCUUUUUGGGCUUUGAACAGGCGAAUAGAUACAAGAUUAUGAAUUCUUUGGGUGAACAGAUAGGGUUUAUGGAAGAAAAAGAUAUAGGAUUCAUGAAAAUGUUAGGGAGACAGUUUUUCAGAUUGCAUAGACCAUUUGAUAUAGACGUAUUUAAUAACUAUGGAGAUUUACUAUUAACGAUUAAAAGACCGUUUUCAUUUAUAAAUUCUCAUAUUAAAUGUUAUUUACCUGGCUACGAUGAAAAUGGAGACUUGAUGUUUGAGAAUUUAGGAGAAUCAUGUCAACACUGGCAUUUAUGGAGAAGGAAAUAUAAUUUAUUCAAAUUAGAAGAUGAGGUAACGGACGAAUAUGAUCAGUUUGGUGCGAUAGACGCUCCAUUUUUGUCGUUUGAUUUCCCAGUCAGAAACGAUCGAGGCGACGUUAUUGCCUCGGUGGAUAGAAAUUGGGUGGGUUUAGGAAGAGAAAUGUUUACUGAUUCGGGGGUGUAUAUAAUUAGAAUGGAUCCUGCUAGCUUUUCUGGUAUGGGGAACCUAUAUCCAUCCGUAGCUGGACCAUUAACAUUAGACCAAAGGGCCAUAUUAUUAGGUAAUGCUGUCAGUAUUGAUUUUGACUACUUUUCAAGACACAGUAGAGGGCCGGGCGGUGGAUUAUUUGCGUUCAGUGAUAUUGAUUAA